GUUUGUUGUGCUCUGAUGUCAUCAGAAAAAGCGAGAGACAGAGGAAGAGACAGACAGAGAAAGAGACCGACAGAGAAAGAGACCUUCAAACAGCUCCGCAUCAUGUCGUACCGCGGGACGUUGCGCGCCUGUGCCCGGCUGGGGCGCCUCCGGUCCCGGUUUGGAUCCCCCGGUGUGUCGCGCUGCGGCUCCCGGGCCCUGAGCUCCUCCUCCCCCGCAGUCAGUGUGGAUUUUGAGGAGAGUAGAGAAGCCUACAGGAGCAAAGCCACGCUGGAGCUGAUCAGAAACCUGCUGGUCCUAAAGAUCUGCUCUUAUGAUGUGCUGGUGGACCAUAAUAAGGAGAUAAUGGACCUGAGCAGAACCCUGCUGGGUCAGAAGGGCUUCGAGCAGCUGAUGAAAAUGACGUUCUACGGUCAGUUCGUGGCCGGAGAGGACCACCAGUCCAUCAGACCCCUCAUUCAGAAGAACAUGCAGUUUGGAGUGGGCGCGGUGCUCGACUACAGCGUAGAGGAGGAUAUCUCUCAGGAACAGGGAGAUACGGAAUCAGACGUGUUGAUGCCAGAAAUGGGGAGCCCUGGAGCGAAGAAAUUCAGGAGCGAUCACCAGGACGGUGCAACUGGCCCAUAUUUCUACAGUGAUGAAGCCAAAUGUGACCAGAAUGUGGAGACUUUCAUGAAGUGCAUCAAAGCAUCAAGUGGAAGUUCUGAAGACGGUUUCACCGCAAUUAAGAUGACGGCGCUGGGGCGUCCGCAGUUCCUGGUGCAGUUUUCAGAAGUGCUUAUGAAAUGGAGAUGCUUUUUCAGUUUCCUGGCAGCAAAGCAGGGUAAAUAUGGCCAAGAGGUGCUGGAGCAGAAACUGGACCUGGAGCAGCUGCAGGCGUUCCUGGAGAAGCUGGGAGCCGAAGGCGACGUUCGUGCCUGGUUCGCCGGUGAGAAGCUGAGCUCGUCAGGCACCAUUGACAUCCUGGACUGGAACCGUCUGAUUGACGAAAGGAUGAAAGUUCCGGAUCUUCUGGUGGUGCCGAAUCUUCAGAGCGGGCGUCUGGAGCCUCUUCUGAGUAAAUUCACAGAGGAAGAGGAGCAGCAGAUGAAGAGGAUCCUGCAGAGACUGGAGGCACUGGCUGAGUACGCUGUGGAGAACAGUGUGAGGCUGAUGGUGGAUGCAGAACAGACGUAUUUCCAACCAGCCAUCAGCCGUCUGACGCUGGAGACGCAGAGAAGCUUUAACACACACAGACCUGUUAUCUUCAACACCUACCAGUGCUAUCUGAAGGAAGCGUAUGAUAAUGUGAGUAUGGAUGUGGAGCUGUCGAGGAGAGAGGGCUGGUGUUUCGGGGCUAAGCUGGUUCGGGGGGCUUAUAUGGACCAGGAGAGAAGACGAGCAGCAGAGAUGGGCUAUGAAGAUCCCAUCAACCCCGACUACGAGUCCACAAACCGCAUGUACCACAGGUGUCUGGAUUACGUGCUGGAGGAGAUUGAACGGAGCGGGAGAGCUAACGUCAUGGUGGCGUCACACAACAUCCGCACGGUCAAGCACACACUGCGGAGGAUGAAUGAAAUGGGUCUCACGCCAUCUGAUAAGAACAUCUGCUUCGGUCAACUUCUGGGGAUGUGUGACCAGAUCAGCUUUCCAUUGGGUCAGGCAGGUUUCCCGGUGUAUAAGUACGUCCCGUACGGGCCGGUCAGUGAGGUGAUACCGUACCUGUCCCGCCGGGCUCAGGAGAACCGGGGGGUGAUGAAGGGAGCGCAGGCUGAGAGAGAGCUGCUGUGGUCCGAACUCGUCCGCAGACUGACCAGCGGAGAGAUCUUCAACACACAGUCUCUGUAACACACACUCUCUGUAACACACACUCAGUAACACAGUCUCAAACACACAGUAUGUAACACAGUCUGUAACACAGUAUGUAAAACAGUCUUUAACAUACAGUCUGUAACACACAGUCUGUAACACACAGUCUGUAACACACAGCCUGUAACACACACUCAGUAACACAGUCUCAAACACAUAAUCUGUAACACACAGUCUGUAACACAGUCUCAAACACACAGUAUGUAACACAGUCUGUAACACAGUCUGUAACACACAGUCUGUAACAUACAGUCUGUAACACAGUCUGUAACACACAGUCUGUAACACACACUCAGUACCAGAGUCUCAAACACAUAAUCUGUAACACACAGUCUGUAACACAGCCUCAAACACAUAAUCUGUAACACACAGUCGGUAACACACUCAGUAACACAGUCUCAAACACAUAAUCUGUAACACAUAAUCUGUAACACACAAUCUGUAACACAGUCUGUAACACACUCAGUAACACAGUCUCAAACACAUAAUCUGUAACACACAGUAUGUAACACACAGUCUGUAACACACAAUCUGUAACACACACUCAGUAACACAGUCUCAAACACAUAAUCUGUAACACACAGUCUGUAACACAGUCUGUAACACACACAGUCUCAAACACAUAAUCUGUAACACACAGUCUGUAACACACACAGUCUCAAACACAUAAUCUGUAACACACAGUAUGUAACACACAGUCUGUAACACACAAUCUGUAACACACACUCAGUAACACAGUCUCAAACACAUAAUCUGUAACACACAGUCUGUAACACAGUCUGUAACACACACUCAGUAACAGUCUCAAACACAUAAUCUGUAACACACAGUCUGUAACACAGUCUGUAACACACACUCAGUAACAGUCUCAAACACAUAAUCUGUAACACACAGUCUGUAACACAGUCUGUAACACACACUCAGUAACAGUCUCAAACACAUAAUCUGUAACACACAGUCUGUAACACAAUCUGUAACACACACUCAGUAACACAGUCUCAAACACAUAAUCUGUAACACACAGUAUGUAACACACAGUAUGUAACACACAAUCUGUAACACACUCAGUAACACAGUCUCAAACACAUAAUCUGUAACACACAGUCUGUAACACACAAUCUGGAACAUGUUCUUUGUUUGCCUUGUCUUCAACAGUCUUGCUGUAUACGCUGCUAAUUAGAGGUUUGCAUCACUUAUUAUAUUUUUUGUUUGUGUUAUUAUGAUUAUUACAGUGUCAAAGUAUACAGUGUGUACAGCAUA